AACACGAAAAAGAGUGCCAAAAAAAAAAAAAAACUGCUAGAAGUAAAGAAAAAAAGAAAAAGAAAAAAGGCCAGAAGGCGCAGCAACAUAAUAGCGAAAUCUGGGCUCUUUUUAAAAUAUAUUCUGCUUCUUACAAAAAUCAAAAAAAGGAAAGAAAUUCCAAUAUUCCACAACUCUAAGCUGCAUUUAGGUUUUGGUAUGGAGUUUAAGAAGGUGUUUCUUCAGUUUAACGGAAUAAUAUGGUUUUCCAAGGAUCACUGACGAGAAAGAAUUUUGCUGUCAGAGUUUACAAGAACAGAUCAGAUGGAGAUAUCUUUGUUAAAAGCACUUCUUAGUAACAUUUCCUCAUUUUUAAAUUUAUCGUCUUUUGAGAAGAUUAACUCAGAACCAGUUCAGAAGUACUACCAAAGAGCAGAAGAGAUACUAAAGUUGUUGAAGCCAAUUCUGAAUGCAAUUAUUGAUUCAGAAGUUACUUCUGAUGAAGUGCUUAUCAAGGCAUUCGAAGGAUUGGGUCUCUCUAUAGAAGAACUGAGAGAGCAAUGUGAUAGCUGGCAACCCCUCUUGAGUAAAGUUUAUUUUGUUCUGCAAGUUGAGUCAUUAAUAUCGAAGAUUCGAAAUCCCAGCCUGGAGAUAGUCCAGUUCUUGAAGUGUUCUCAUCUGCAUCUGCCUGAUGAAUUGAGUUCAGCAUCUCUGGAGCACUGCUUGCAGAAAAUUAAGCAUGUAGGAUAUGAACAGACAUCAUCUGUCAUUAGGGAAGCCAUCAGGGAUCAAGUGGAUAGUGUUGGACCAAGCUCAGAAAUACUAGCGAAAAUUGCAGAGAACUUAAGCUUGGGGUCAAACCAGGAGAUUCUGAUAGAGGCUGUGGCCCUUGAAAAGUUGAAGGAGAAUGCUGAACAAGCUGAAAAAACUGCUGAAGCUGAGUUUGUUGAUCAAAUCAUUGGUCUUGUAACUCGCAUGCAUGAACGGCUUGUCCUAAUAAAACAUUCGCAGACUUGUAGCCCGGUUCCCAUACCUGCUGAUUUCUGCUGCCCCCUUUCCCUAGAGCUAAUGACUGAUCCAGUGAUUGUGGCAUCAGGACAAACCUAUGAGCGGGCUUUCAUCAAGAAAUGGAUUGGUCUUGGGCUCAUUGUGUGCCCCAAGACACGGCAGACUUUGGCUCAUACGAAUCUUAUACCUAAUUAUACAGUGAAGGCACUAAUUGCAAACUGGUGCGAGUCAAACAAUGUGAAGUUGCCUGAUCCCAUGAAGUCCAUGAGCCCCCUUCUUUUGCACGCAGAGUCUGGCUUGUCAAGGGACUCAAGUAGUGUUCCACGUUCUAGAAGCAGCCAACCAAUUUCACCGGAGUCACAGUCUACAAGUCAAACUGAUAAAAACCUAGUCACAUCCAGUGGACUUAAUCGGGAGGGAACCUCCCCGCUACAUCCUCGAUCUACCUCAAAGGGUUCUUUGCCAGCUAUUGAUGGAAAUGGAGAGUAUCUGGAUGUUGCAAGAAUAUCACUAAGUAGUGCUGAAGAGGGAUCCAACUUGGAACAGAGAGGUAGCGAAUUAGUUGGCCAACCCCCUUUGUCACCUUCUAUUAAUGAAUUUCAUAACAAUGGACAGUCAUCUCUAAAUCAUGCAAGAUCUGACUCAGCAUCUAGUAUACUUUCUAAUUCAGAUUUUCCCCAAGGACCAAGUGGAGAUGCCAAUGAGAGUUUGGAGGCGUCAACUCAUCUCAGGGCCAAUAGUGGUGUUAAUGGAGAGGUGAAAUCUGACUCGCAGCCUGUGGCUAGCUCAGCCAUCCCACAGAGAGAAGCUGAGUUCUCUCCUCGAUUUAUGGAUCCAAGAUCUCGAAGCCAAAGAAUCUGGCGCCGACAAUCAGAGAGAUUCAUUCCAAGGAUCAUUUCUUCUCCUGGUAUUGAGAACAAGGCUGACCUUUCUGGCACUGAAACCCAAGUUAAGAAGUUGGUAGAGGACUUGAAGAGCACUUCAGUCGAUACUCAACGAGAGGCCACUGCUCAACUCAGGUUGCUUGCCAAGCACAAUAUGGAUAAUCGGAUUAUAAUAGCAAACUGUGGGGCCAUUAGCAUGUUAGUUAAUUUGCUUCGUUCACCAGAUGCAAAGACUCAGGAAAAUGCUGUUACAGCACUUCUUAACUUAUCAAUUAACGAUAACAACAAAACAGCCAUUGCUAAUGCAAAUGCAAUAGAGCCUCUGAUUCAUGUCCUCGAGACAGGAACUCCUGAAGCUAAAGAAAACUCAGCUGCUACUCUUUUCAGCCUUUCAGUCAUCGAGGAUAACAAAGUCAAGAUUGGAAGGUCUGGGGCAAUCGGGCCUCUUGUUAAUUUACUGGGGAAUGGUACUCCUAGGGGAAAGAAAGAUGCUAGUACAGCCUUGUUUAAUCUGUCAAUAUUUCACGAAAAUAAGGCCCGAAUUGUGCAAGCUGGUGCUGUUAGACACCUUGUGGAGUUGAUGGACCCAGCUGCUGGAAUGGUUGAUAAGGCUGUUGCUGUUUUAGCAAAUCUUGCUACGAUUCCUGAAGGGAGGACUUCAAUUGGGCAGGAGCAAGGGAUUCCUGUGCUGGUUGAGGUCGUUGAAUUGGGUUCAGCAAGGGGAAAGGAAAAUGCUGCGGCUGCUCUUUUACAGCUCUGCACAAACAGUAAUAGGUUUUGCAGUCUGGUUCUCCAAGAAGGUGCUGUCCCACCGCUAGUUGCCUUGUCCCAGUCUGGUACACCCAGGGCUAGAGAGAAGGCACAGACACUUCUGAGUGUCUUCAGAAACCAACGACAUGGUAAUUCUGGAAGAGGCUGAGAGUAGGAAAACAAGCUUCAUUGCCAUCCAAGGUUUUGGGUCUAUACAAUAUGUAUACAUUUGAUGUUGCAAAUAAUGCAUGUGAAGGUUUUGCUGCUUUGAUUUACUGGGUCUAUUGUAGAGAAAAAAAAAAUAUUUUAUGGAGGAUUUGAUUGAGUCCUCUUGUCAAUUACUUUGUGUUUUAAAUGUGAAAUUUGUAAAUGUGGGGAAGAAAUAUCAUUUCAUACAAGCGAGUCUGUCUGGUCUGUUUCAGCGAGCUUUGUCUGAAUGAUAACCAAUUAAUAGUCUCUGUCCUGGUUGAUGUUC